AUGCAAGAGGCAACUCUGACCAGACUAGAUUACGGAUACUCAACAACGUCAUAUGGUGCACAGGGUGGUAACGAAGAUGGCGGCUUCAUGGCCGGUAGCCAGGACAGUCCUAGCGCAAAGAGAGAAACGCUACGUCCCGUCACAAUCAAGCAACUGCUCGAGGCCGAACAACCCGACAGCGAGAACUUUGCCAUCGACGGCUCAGAACUGACCACAAUCUCGUUUGUUGGUCAGGUCCGCAACAUCAGCAAGCAAACCACAAACAUCACCUACAAGCUGGAUGAUGGCACUGGCACUAUCGAGGUCAAGGUCUGGAUCGACAUGGAGACUGCUCAAAAUGACGAGGAUAACGGAGCCAAGGGUGGUUUGGUCGAGAACGCAUACGCUCGUGUCUGGGGCAAGCUGAAGACUUUCGGCAAGCGUCACAUUGUCGCUCAACAGAUCCGUCCUCUGACCGACUUGAACGAGGUCAACUACCACAUGUUGGAAGCCACCUACGUCCACCUCUUCUUCACACGCGGUCCUCUCGGAGCACAACAGCAAGGUCAACAAGGCCAAGGAGCAACCAACGGUGGCCAAUCCGGUGGCGGUGGCACUCUUCCUGCCGGCGUUUCGACUCACGCCAGAAAGGUCUUCCAGUGCAUGCAAAACACUCCUCAGAUCAACGAGGGUCUUCACAUGCAGGACAUUGCCAGCAGAACGGGCAUGGAUGUUGCCGAUGUGCUCAAGGGAGCAGACGAGCUUCAGUCGAUGGGUAAGAUUUACCCUACAGUCGACGAUCAGACUUGGUGUUUGCUCGAGAUGUAG